AUGUACCAGAUCCAUACUUUAAAAGAUCUGGAUAAUGGUAAUAAACUUGGAGAUGCUCCAAUAGAGAAAAAAGACAUACAGGAUUCUCUAAAUCAAUCAAAAAAAGAAAAUAAGCACAUACAGAAUGACCUUGAUAAAUCCAAAAAAGAAAAUAAGUGCAUACAGAAUAAUCUUGAUAAAUUCAAAAAAGAUAAUGAGAAGCUUUCUGAUCAUGUUCACCAGCUUGGAGAAGAAACAAUGUGGUUACAAUUAGAAAUAGAUAACUCCAAGCUUGGGGAUGAAAUAAGACAUUUACAUUUAGAGAUAAAUGACCUUAAGCUUCAGAUCAUUCGCAAGGAUAUUUCUUUUGCAGAUGCCGAAAGCAAAUUUUCUAUAAAAUUGAAGGAGAUGCAAGCCCUCCAAUCCAAGAUAGAGAAAAAGAUAUAG